AGAGACAAACAGACCAUUUUGUCGGGUGACUGUGCUGCUUCAUCAAGACUUCAAAAAUAUGGCUACAAAGCAAUCUAUAAAACUAUAUGAAGUUGUGGCGGCAGUAGAGCAUGAGGUUAGCUGUCCGGUUUGUUUAGAGGAAUUUCUAGAGCCAAAAUGUUUGCCAAAUUGUGCUCACAAUGUUUGUCAGGAAUGUUUAGAGGAGAUGACAUGUAAAAAUUCAACCAUGACAAGUAUCGAAUGCCCAGUUUGCCGAGUGGAGUCCUUCAUUCCAACCGCCGGAGUUUCAGCGUUUCCGAAGAACCAUCUGCUGGCUCGACUGAUUGAAAAAAAUCCCUCUAGAAAGGCCUAUGAUAAUGAAUUUAUCAAGGAAGCUUUGAAAAGAAGUAGGGAAAAUCUUGAAGGACUAAAGAACGCAAUACAAGAAAUGGACGUUCGCCGAAACUCAAUAAAGAAACAAGCGGAAAAUGUGAAAAAGGAAAUCCAAACUGCAGCAAAUCAUGUUAUUGACAUAAUUCGUGAUCAGGAACAGCAAUUACUUCUUGAAGUUGAUCAGUACAUGAAUAACAAUUACCCCGAAACUACCUUCGACAAACAAAAGGAAAAACUAAAUAAUCUGCUAGCAAAGACCUCCAGCUGUGUUGAAAGCGUCGAGAAGAAGAAAGACGGAGAUAAACGUGGUUUGAGACAGGUGCAGCAUUUAGAAGAGCUCGCUAAAGUUGCUGGUAUUCAAAUUCUUUCAGCAAGGCGAAAAUGUUUUCGAAAAUUUGAACUUACCUUUACGAAGAGCGACUUCUCUUUAGAUAACGCAGAAUCUAUAUUUGGAGAUCUGAGCGUGAAAAGCGGAGAGGUCGAUAGCGACAAACAUUCACUAGCUGGCCUCAACGAAAGUUUUAGCGACGAAAAAGUCUUAAAACACAUCGAUGGAGGUAGCAUUAAGGUCCCUAACUUCUUCCCGUUUGCGGUGACGGUGUCAAAGAAAUGCGGAGACAUAGCAGUAUUGGAUGCUGAAAACAAACGCGUGCAUAUUUUUGAUCGAGAGGGAAAUCAUCUCACUCAGUUUCUUUUCAUAUUUGGCGACUUUUGGGACAUUACAUACUCGCACAAUGAUGAAAUUGUGGUUUUAAACAGAGAAACUAAUUCAUUGUUGCAUUACGACCGAAGUGGAAAUCUGAAGCGCAAGUUCCCAACGACUCCCAUCCCAAAAGUAAAGUUCACUUUUCUGUCGCACGAUUCAUCUGGGCGUUUGUUUGUGACGUCAAGUCCGAGAUACCAAGAGCUCACCUCCGAAACGAAUUCCUGCGUUCUGGUUUAUAAUGUUAAUGGAAAAUUAGAAUCCGUGUUCGGUGAAGGGAAGUUGUCUUCCCCAAAAAAGGCGGUGCUCCUCAACGGAGAAUUAUUUGUGCCUGACGCAGACAGCAAGAGUGUCAAAGUCUUCAGCCUUCAAGGAGAAUUUCGUCGAGAAAUUGGAAAGGGCAUGCUUGAAGAUCUCGCGGGUAUUGCAGUUGAUUCUGAGAAUGGUCGAAUUUUGGUUUGUGAUUGCGAAGGCUACGCUGUACAUGUUUAUAGCAAAGAGGGAACAUUGGUAAGAACUAUUAGAACAGCAGCUCCACCGGUAGAAAUCGCGUUGUCUAAGGACGGAAAAAAAUUAGUGGUUUGUUUUGACGGGGAUAAGGCAAAAUGUCUACAGAUUCUGUCGUACAGUGAGGCAGUGUUACACACCACCUGAAGUGUGGGAACAACAUCGCUGUAGUAGCAAAGAAAAAUCGAUUGGCAAUUUUAAUUGACUUGUAAAGAAGUGAAACUGUUGAAGUCGUUGGGUUUAAGAGAUGUUACUGUAGUCUUACAUAUUGAACUGAAGACCCUUUUCAAAUCAGUAAUGAAAGGAGUAGUUGUGAAAUGAGAGUUCUGGGAUAAGGUUAUUACCGAAAAAAGGAUGGGAAGGGAUCCGGGACAAGCCCGGACCACUUUUUCAUACUGACCCUUUAACUUCUACCAGAACUCUCAUUUUACAACUACUGAGACACUUUUUAUAUUUCUCCUUAUUUAAACUAACAUGUCAUACCUUUUAAACAUAUUAACUUGUCAAUCUUCAGUAUCCCAUCAUCCCCAAUAAAUUCAAUCGUUCGACAGGAUCAACAUCAUUAUCGUAUCUUCUUAUGAAGAAGUCGUGGUGGUGUGCCUUGAUUUGUUCUUCUGUCAAAAGUGUGUCUUUUCAAAUUAGAAAAGUAUGGCAGUCUGAGUUUAAACUCUCAUUAAACCCAUUGAACCCUCUCCAUGUUGUUUUAAAAGUUCCCCCAUAUAUUAUGAGGAAUUCCCCUUGCACUAAAGUCGAGAGGCUUUUUCCCAUUACACCUAAAAGGAGAACUUAUAAUAGCAUUUUCAUCAUCUGUAUUCCAGUGAGAGCUGACAAUUUUCUACUUUCCUCCUUCUGUUGCGUUUGCCUUUGUGUUGAAUCCUGCUGAAGGUUUAAUAUCACUAGGAACAAAUUUUAAAUCUGUUCUUCUCUGUAUAUUGAAAUUUUUAAUGUUUUCUCCAACAACGGUGGAUGGUACAUAUGGUCUUAAUUUUUUAACUGUUCCACUUAAAACAACAUCUCUAUCUUUUUCAAGAGAAAGAAAAAAAACCAUAACGGCUUCUGUUUCCAAUCAAAUAUUUUCUUGUUUAUAUUGUUGUUCCAUUUAAACUUCUUUUACAUAUCUUGAUAACAUUAAAGACUUUAGGGGAUUUUAGGAUUAUUGAAAGGAAGAUCAAAAUGCCUAUUUCGAUCGAAAAAGAAAAACUGUCUUCCCUUGUUUCUUGAAGUUGAUAUUUUUGGUCUGAGUGAAAUUUAAUUUUUUGUGUUUUAUGGUUGUUCAAUCCUGAUUGAUCAUAAAAAGCAACACUUUAAGUAUUAUAAUAAAGUACUUCCCUGUUUGAGUCGUGGUCCAUGUGAC